GCCUCGAGUCCCGCCCCUCCCCGGGAGGCUCCUCCCCCUCAGCUGUUGCUCCUGGAGCUUGGCCCAAGGUUAAGGGGGGCCGGGUGCCCCUGUGCCCUUGGACUAUCAGAGGCGGACAGGACACACACAAGAGACGCCAUGAGGGGCUUGUUGGUGUCCCACUCCCGGACCCUGACCCGAUCCUUCAGCGCCAGCCCCAGAAACCACUUUAUGAACAAAGUGGCUGAAAAACAGAAGCUCUUCCAGGAGAACAAUGACCUCCCAGUGCACCUGAAGGGUGGGGGCAUAGACGGCCUCCUGUACAGACUCACCAUGGCCGUGUGCUUGGGAGGCACUUGUUACAGCCUCUUCUGCCUGGGCUGGGCCUCCUUCCCCCACAAGAAGUGAGCCGGAGUCCAAGACAAGACUGCAGAGGAAAGGCCUGGCAAGGCCUGGCAGGCGGGGCGGGCUGGGGCUAAAUAAAGUCUCUGGCUGGGAGAAAGCCGAUCCAGAA